GCCACUUUCCUUGUCCCUUCCUCGUAAGUCACCCAGAUUUUGCUCCGCGCGAAUAGGUUUCUGUCUCCCCAGGCUCUGGCCCUCCCACUCAGAUUCCGAAGGGGUUUGACGCGCGACCUUUUUCUCCCCCUCCAUCCCAUCCUCGUCCCCUCCCUCCCAUCCCUAUCGCCCAGCUCCCCAGCUUGAGUGCUAGCUCCUGCUACUGGGCUAGCUCCUGUUGGCCGGUUUUUUUUUUUUUUUUUUUUUUUUUUUUUUUUUUUUUUUGCCUCCGGCCCCGCUCCCCCGCUGCCUUCCACCAGGGAUCUGUCCCGGGCCGCAGCCUCCUGAGCCCCUGGGCCUCGCUUCCAGUUCUAGUGGUUCCCGGUCCCCUCGAUCGCCCCUGCACGCAAUCCUCUCCCCCGCCCCCCUCAGUGGCCCAAGCGCUAUGCUCGCCCCUUGAUCGCCCAGCAUACAGCAGGCUCGGCCGCCCGCCCGCGCGCCACUGUGCACUGGAGUUUGGUGGAAUCUCUGCUGACGUCACGACACUCCGCACACGGAGUCGGAGCAGAGGGGAGAGAGAGGGAUGAGAGCGAGGGAGGGGAGAGAGAGUGCGAGACCGAGAGAGAAAGACGGAGAGCAGCAGACAGAAACUGCCCGCACCCGCUAGCUUUAGCAGCCCUCAGCGUGGACCCUCUCGCAACUUGGCACCCUCAAGAUCCCUGCGGUUCCAACCAGACCCGCUCCACGGCGCUGGCUGUGCAGCCCGAGCCUCGGCCGCCUGGCAGUCACCCUGGGAAGCGGUGGGACGGGGAGACAGCCGUUCUCUCUGGUAGCCGAUAACGGGGAAUGGAGACCAAUUGUCGCAAACUAGUGUCGGCCUGUGUGCAAUUAGGCGUGCAGCCGGCGGCCGUUGGAUGUCUCUUCUCCAAAGACUCUGAAAUCAAAAAGGUCGAGUUCACGGACUCUCCCGAGAGCCGGAAAGAGGCAGCCAGCAGCAAGCUGUUCCCGCGGCAGCACCCCGGCGCCAAUGAGAAAGAUAAGGGCCAGCAGGGAAAGAAUGAGGAUGUGGGCGCAGAGGACCCGUCCAAGAAGAAGCGGCAACGCCGGCAGAGGACUCACUUUACUAGUCAGCAGCUCCAGGAGCUGGAAGCCACUUUCCAGAGAAACCGCUACCCAGACAUGUCCACUCGCGAAGAAAUCGCCGUGUGGACCAACCUUACGGAAGCCCGAGUCCGGGUUUGGUUCAAGAAUCGCCGGGCCAAAUGGAGAAAGCGGGAGCGCAACCAGCAGGCCGAGCUGUGUAAGAAUGGCUUCGGGCCGCAGUUCAAUGGGCUCAUGCAGCCGUACGAUGACAUGUACCCCGGCUACUCGUACAACAAUUGGGCUGCCAAGGGCCUCACGUCAGCGUCUCUGUCCACCAAGAGCUUCCCCUUCUUCAACUCUAUGAACGUCAAUCCCCUAUCCUCCCAGAGCAUGUUUUCCCCGCCCAACUCCAUCUCAUCCAUGAGUAUGUCGUCCAGCAUGGUGCCGUCCGCGGUGACCGGCGUCCCGGGCUCCAGCCUCAAUAGCCUGAAUAACUUGAACAACCUGAGCAGCCCGUCGCUGAAUUCCGCGGUGCCCACGCCCGCCUGUCCUUACGCGCCGCCGACUCCUCCGUACGUUUAUAGGGACACAUGUAACUCGAGCCUGGCCAGUCUGAGACUAAAAGCAAAGCAACACUCCAGCUUCGGCUACGCCAGCGUGCAGAACCCGGCCUCCAACCUGAGCGCUUGCCAGUAUGCGGUCGACCGGCCGGUGUGAACCGCGCCCAGGGCGCGGGAUUCCGAGGACUGUCGGAGUGGGCAACUCUGCCCGAGAAAGACUGAGAAUUGUGCUAGAAGGUCGUGCGCACUACGGGGAGAAAGAGGGGGGGACAAAAGAGAUCAGAGGAAAAGAAACCACUGAAUUCAAAGAGAGAGAGCGCCUUUGAUUUCAAAGGAAUGCCCCCAAGUGUCUGCCAUCUUCCGCUGAAAGUAUUCCCAACAGUUGGAGGACGCGUGCACCAACAAAUGUUUGACUGGAUAUGACAUUUUAACAUUACUAUAAGCUUGUUAUUUUUUAAGUUUAGCAUUGUUAACAUUAAAAUGACUGAAAGGAUGUAUAUAUAUCGAAAUGUCAAAUUAAUUUUAUAAAAGCAGUUGUUAGUACUCUCACGACAGUGUUUUUAAAGGCUAGGCUUUAAAAUAAAGCAUGUUAUCCAGAAUCAGUUAGGAUUUUUCGCUUGCGAGCAAAGGAAUGUAUAUACUAAAUGCCACACUGUAUGUUUCUAACAUAUUAUUAUUAUAAAAAAUGUGUGAAUAUAAGUUUUAGAGUAGUUUCUCUGGUGGAUGCCUUGUUUCUGAAACUGCUACGUACAACCUAUCCUGUGUAUAACAUUUCGUACGAUAUUGUUUUACUUUUCAGCAAAUAUGAAAAAAUGUGUUUUAUUUCUUGGGAGUAAAAUAUACCGCAUACAAA